CAACAAAUCUUUGUAUAGAAGUAUGAUCAUGUCCGUUGCACAUCUGUCGGAGAAUGAUCAGGAAAAACCGUUUCUUGUUUCACUCUCUGAGCAAAUAAACAAUGAACCCUAUGGCCGUGGCGACAACCCAAUGCCAAAAGAUGGGAGACCAAAAGCCACAACAAGGCAAUAAGAAUGUCGUCAAUGGGCGUUUGUUGGAGACCAAGGGAGCAAAUAUUCCACUGUGGCUCAUGAAAACUCCCCCGCGCGUCUCUCGCUGUCUGAAACCUGAUUUCUCAGCCGCCGCCGCUGCCUCCGCUUCUGAUCAGCAGCAGUCUUCUCCCCCUGUGGCCAAGGUGGUUUUCUGUUUGGACCCUAUCACCAAGACAACAGAGUUCACCAUGGAACUGGCGGCCACGGAAUCUGAAAAUGUACCCAAGUGUUACGCUUUGGAGAUGAGUAAAAACAAAAUUCCAAUGUCUGUGUUUGCGGAGUCAUCACAAGGGACUUUAUCCGUUGAGGGCUACAUAUUGGACAAACUUGACAUGAAACCCCAUAACGAGAACCUUGAGAACUAUGGGAAACUUUGCCGCGAACGGACCAAAAAAUCUAUGAAGAGUAGAAAGAUCCAGGUGAUGAACAAUGACAAUGGGGCUCAUAUGAGACCCAGGCCUGGGAUGAUGAUCGGUUUUGUGUCUCCUGGACCCAGCGAGAAAAAGAAAAUGCCAACGAAGGGGUCAGACAUGAAAAGAACAAGGAAGGACCGCGGAGAAAUGGAGGAUAUUAUGUUUAAUCUCUUUGAACAGAAACCAAACCGGACGUUAAGGCAACUGAUCCAAGAGACAAACCAACCAGAACAAUUUUUGAAAGACAUACUCAAGGACCUCUGUGUGUACAACAACAAGGGAGCUAAUCAAGGGACGUAUGAGCUGAAACCGGAAUACAGGAAAUCCGUCGAGGAGCCAACUCCCGAUUAGGUUGUAUGAUAUAGAUUUAGUCUCUUUUCCGGGCAGAUACGUCUCUUAAGUGAUCAUUGCUAGUUUUGUUUCUUCUAAUAAAACUGACUUGACUCUUCCUUUUUAGCAGAACCCGAAUGUGUUCUUCAGCGUUCGGUA